UAUUUUUUUUUAACAAAUCUGUAUAUAAACACAAAAAUGUAUGAUGGAUUUCUAAAGAGGAACAUCUGUUUUGUAGCAGGCUUUAUGUUAUACGUACAUAAAUAAUGUUUUGCUGGCUUUUCAGAAGCUCAAAACAUAUUAUUUUUUGGUGUUAAAAAACCACACGUAUACAGAAAUGCAGAGAAAUUGGCUGUCGUUGCGCCCGCUGCUUCGCGGUGUCGGCGCCGAGUUGGGGGUCUUUUACACUCGCCCCCACUUUAUUCGACCCUCGGUGGCAGCUCUUAUGCACGCCGCUGCAGCUCCGAAGAGGCAACCAGGCAAGAUCACACCGAAAAUGGAGAAGUUGAGAAUGAAGUUCCAGGAGAACAACGAUAAACCUAUUUUCCUGAAGGGCGGCGUCAUGGACAACAUCAUUUACAGACUGACGUGGGUGCUGUGUUUCCUUGGAUUGGCCGGGGACUUACACUUAUGGUUUGGCUAUAUCCUCGCUUAAAAUCACAGCAAUCAAACACAUUGUUCUAGUUUAAGCCCCAGUAUUGUUUAUUGUUUGAGAAUACGGCAAUUCAAUUAAAGGAUCUCAUGUGAGAAUAAGCUAA